AGAAAAGGUGUCAGGCUACUUGCAUGGGUUUGGUCUUAGGUUUCUUAAGGGGUGGUUAUAAAUAUCUCAUUUUAAUUGGGUUUGCUAGACCGUUGUUUUCGGAAUACUCUUUACGGUAAAGGGGAUUUUUGAAAUUUAUUUGCGUAGCCCUGUAAUCCGGCCAUUUUAACUAGUUAAUUAAAAAUCACGUGUAAAAUGAAUGAAAAAAGGAAUGAACAUUAAUGGAAAGCAUUCAAAUAUUUUCAAUAUAUUUUACAAAAAAAACAGCUUAAAAACUCCAUUUAAAAGGCAAGUUGUCAAACUUAAAAUAUAUUUAAAAAUAGUAAACGAGAUUUAAAAAAUCCCAUUUCUUCACUAAAGUAAAUAAGACUAAUGUCCGUACAUUUGUACCAAAUUUUAAAUUUUGAGAUUUCCAAUGCAACAAAAGUUAUUGAAGUUUUGGUUAUAGAAAGAAUAAUUUCCCAUACAAAAUGUAUAUGAUACUCGGGUAUGCCGGUCGCAGAGAUGAAGGUGUAAAUUUAAUCAUUAAGACAACAGGUAAUAUACAUUUUGAUGGAUAAAUGCGAUGGCCCAACAGUGACGCUCUCGUGAAUAUAUUAAUGUAAUGUAAUGUAAUGUUGAAUAUUCAAAUCAGACGCCCUGCAGCUUAACUGCACCUUACGCAUACUGCGAAAACAAUUACACAGGCAAACCAGCUCACUAACACAAGGCUAAUCGGUGUCGUUAAAAAUACAUUCCCACUACACCGUGCACCGCGCGUUACUUUCACUACCGUUCUGGAAGCAAGUUUCAGCUCCGAACCGGUUCUGCCUACAUCACUUGCCGUCCCGUCCUAUAUUGCAUACUUUCAGUUCGCUUCCGCCCGAGCGCACAUUUUCGCACCGAAAGUCGAACAGUUUGGUCGAGUGUUUGCAUUAUAUCCCGGUAGCAAGACAACAUAGUGGUCCAAAUGAAGCUGUACGCUGUUUCCGAUGGCCCACCGUCCCUGGCCGUCCGUAUGGCCCUGGAAGCGCUCAACAUACCGUACGAGCACGUCAGUGUCGAUUACGGCAAGGCGGAACAUCUUACCGCGGAGUACGAGAAGAUGAAUCCGCAAAAGGAAAUUCCCGUGCUGGACGAUGACGGGUUCUUCCUGAGCGAAAGUAAUGCCAUCCUGCAGUACCUGUGCGAAAAGUACGCACCGACCAGCGACCUCUACCCGAACGACCCGAAGGACCGUGCGCUCGUGAACCAUCGUCUGUGCUUUAACCUGGCCUUUCUCUAUCCGCAAAUAUCCGCCUACGUAAUGGCGCCGAUCUUCUUCGACUACGAGCGCACCGCGAUCGGGCUGAAGAAGCUGCACCUUGCCCUGGCUGCCUUCGAAACGUAUCUGCAACGCACCGGGACCAGGUACGCGGCGGGCAGCGGGCUGACGAUUGCCGACUUUCCGCUCGUCAGCUCCGUGAUGUGCCUGGAGGCGAUCGGGUUCGGGCUGGGCGAACGGUACCCGAAGGUGCAGGCGUGGUACGACGGGUUCAAACAGGCCCACCCGUCGCUGUGGGCGAUUGCGGCCAAGGGCAUGGAGGAGAUUGCCGAGUUCGAGAAGAACCCCCCGGACCUGACCGGCAUGGUGCACCCGAUCCAUCCGAUCCGGAAGCCGGCAGCGAAAUAACAACAACAAAAAGAAGAAGCUUUCUCUCAUCAUGCUUGAUAAGAACUGUGUGGGGUGAAUAUGCAUUUUUUAUCAAUAAUUGUUUUCCAAUAAACAACCAUCACACACACA